ACGCCGCUGGCGGGGCUGGAGCCAGCAGCCGCUCGCGCCCUAAGGAGGAUGCGCAGCGGGGACGGGGACUCCCGCCGGGACCGCGCGCACGGACGCCGCCCUCUGCCCAGCGGAACAGAGUCAAUCAUGCCGGUCACUACCAUUGAGGAAUAGGACCCUGGAAAUUCCAAUUUCUGCCUCCAAAAUAGUACAGUAGCAGAGGGAUCAUGGCAAAGGAGAGUUGUAGGGAGAGAUUUGACAGAGGAAAAUGAGAUGGCUUAAUGGAUGUUUAUGGGAGCUUUUCCCAUGCCUGAAGGAGAAAACAAAUUGAAAAUUUGAAAAUUUAACAAAUAGGCAAUGAAGACUGGUAUCGCUGGUGGAGCAUUGGCAGGAGUUGACAUCUUGAUAGUAUGAACUGUGAGUCUGGGAGAGGGAAGAGAGUCUGUAUAGUGACAGCUUCCGAGGCUGCAUUUCUUGCCUGCAGUGAACGCUUGUGUGGAGGCACACCGGAGAGAGAUGACGCUGCAUUGAUUUGGGAGUGUGUGAGUGAGACGGAGAGUGAGCAGAGCUUGGAUAGUCUGGAGGUUUCAGCUAAGGACAGAAAAUUCUAAGAGUCAUGAAGGUGAACAUUUUGGAACUGGAAAUAUUUUCUGCCAGAUGGGGAGAGGGCAGCUUAGCCUGAACUGAUGUAGCACAGAGCCUAAUAUCCAGCUCAGCUUCUGACAUGAAGAAAGAUAUUGAGACCUUAAUAGCAGAGGAAAGAGCAGAGAUCAUCGCCAAAUAUGAAAAGGGAAGGCAAGAAGGAGCUCAUAUUGACCCAUGGGAAGAUGCUGACUUCACCCUGUAUAAAGUCACAGACAGAUUUGGAUUUCUGCAUGAGCAUGAACUGCCAACCCGCAGUGCAGUGGAAGAGAAGCAAAAGCUGCAGGAGAUUGAACGAGUGGACAAAUGGCUGAAGAUGCUGAAGAAAUGGGGCAAAUACAGAAAUAGUGACAAGAUGUUCCGCAGGGUUUACAAAGGGAUCCCUCUGCAGGUGCGAGGCCAGGUCUGGUCACUCCUGCUGGACAUUGAGAAGAUAAAGACUGAGAAUGAAGGAAAGUAUGAGAAAAUGAAAGAACAAGCCAAGAGCUUCUCAUCAGAAAUCAAGCAGAUAGACUUAGAUGUAAACCGCACCUUUCGAAACCACAUCAUGUUCCGGGAACGAUAUGGAGUCAAGCAGCAAGCAUUGUUCCAUGUCCUUUCGGCAUACUCUGUUUACAACACGGAAGUGAGCUACUGCCAAGGGAUGAGUCAGAUUGCUGCCAUCCUGCUGAUGUAUUUAAAUGAAGAGGAUGCCUUUUGGGCACUGGCACAACUACUGACCAAUCAGAGACAUGCAAUGCAUGGGUUUUUCAUUCCCGGGUUCCCAAAGCUGCAGAGAUUUCAGGCCCAUCAUGAGCAGAUUUUAAGCAAACUAUUUCCGAAGCUGAAGAAGCACAUGGACAAGGAGCAGAUGACAACGGGGAUUUACACAACCAAGUGGUUCCUGCAGUGCUUCAUUGACCGGACUCCCUUCACGCUCACUUUGCGGUUGUGGGAUAUCUACAUCCUGGAAGGAGAACGGGUUCUGACAGCCAUGGCGUACACCAUCCUGAAGCUGCACAAAAAACGCUUACUGAAGAUGUCCCUGGAGGACUUACGGGAAUUCCUGCAGGAGAGAAUUGCUGCUUCUCUGCAUUAUGAAGAUGAUAUUAUUAUUGAACAGUUGCAAACGUCCAUGACUGAAUUGCGCAAAAUGAAAUUUGACCUUCCACCCCCAGCAAAACCUGAAGAAUUCCCUAAGAAACCUUUGGGGUUGGAACUUUCUCUAAAUCUCGUGGCACUGAAACCCAGUAUUGCAGCGAAUGGCCAGAAUAAGGCUGCCACUGACCUCAACCCUGACCGAGAUACAAAGCUGUCCUCUCCAAACAACAGCCCUGCUCAUCUGAAUGAAACUAUUGGUAACGCGAACAUGGCAAUAAACGAGAGGCUCCCUCCUCUGCAGCAGGAUGGGCCUCCCUCACCGGCAGCAGCAACAGAUGUGCAUCAGCAUCCAUUUAAGGGCCACCAGCAAUGCCAGGAGGAAAACCAGCAUAGAGAAGAAAAUCAGGUGGAGGAGCCAAAGAAAGUUGCUGGUGAAACCCCGUCACAGGAGCUGUCUCCUCCAGAGGAGAAUGAGAUUCAGGCCCUCCCGGAGAGCCAGGAUGCACCACCAGUGAGCAGGGAUGCUGUCUCACAAGAGAGUCCUCAGACUCUCAGUGCAGGAAGUGGUAAAGAGGAACUGCAGGAACAUAGCCCCUCCCCUGCUGUAGGUAACACAAACCAGGCCAUUCUCCACACAGCUCAGCUGCAGGCACCUCAGCAAGCACAACCCGAAGGGACAGCCAUGGACAACUCUGCAGGGGACAUUGCCACCCAGAGCCACAACCUCCAAGUAGACCUGCCUGUCAAUCACAAUAAUAUAUUAGCAGGUCAGGAGUUGCCAAACCAAACGCCGUCUCUUCCUUCCCUUGCCGAACAAAGACCCUCAGACGCUUCUGUGCAAAACAUCUCGAGUCCUGAAGACACGAGUGCUACCAUCUUCCCGGUGGAUUUACUGACAGGGCUGCCUCCAGAGCAGCAGCACCGGCCUCCCAGUACAGACUCACGCUCAGCACCAGAACAAAACCUUGCUUCUCCUUGCGAUUUGUCAGAGAAAGUACAAGUGCCUGUCUUGUGUAUGGAGAAGGCCCUUGAUACUCUCUCUCUUCCUCUGCUAGAUGGUAGACGACGGCCUUCUAACGUAUCUCAGUAUGACAACAUAUCCGAGUUGGAGUACAGUGAGGAUAACUCUUCUGGGCAGGUGCCCAGUAUCGAGAAACUUAGCAGUGCAGUGCCACAGAACAAACCAGAUUUAAAAUCCUCGGUACCCAAGUCUGCAUCUGUGGGUGAGAUUGCAGAUCUGGGGAUGCACUCAGAAGGGAGCAUAGACCCAGCAAAGCAGACAUUAGGACUAGGCCACCCAGUCUUCAACUCACUUCCUCAUCAGAGACUGUCUGGUGGCAGCGGCAGUGUGCCAAUCUUAUCUAUGCUUGACUCUGGGGCAGUUCAGCUGGCAGAGGGUCUACACGACCGACACCUGUCAUCCCCGGCUUUACAGGGCCAGUCCACCCCCUAUAAAAUAGUUAAAACCACCACCCCACUUCAUGUGGCUCAUGCUACCGAGCAGGACUUGAACCAAAAAAAAAUGGCAUUGCCUUUGCAAGAGGGCAGUCGUCAUGUAGGUGCAGCCUUGACGGCAGCUGAUGGAGGGGCAGAACUUGAGGUUGUGGCUGCCAACCAGUGUGCGCAGAAGUCAUUAAAUGCAUUGAGAGAGCCACGUCCCUGUCUAGCCCCAAAGCCAAAAAUACCACCCAAGGUUGCCAAAGCCCAUUCAGAGAACAGUUUCUAUCCAGGCUGCCCUUCCACAAUGCAAAUGUCCAAGUCAGUGACAUUUUAGCAGGGGUAGGGGCACGGAGGGGAAACAAACAAUAUAAUUACAUUGUCUGUCUAUUCAUGAGCCAUCCUUAUAAAGGUUUGCAACAAAAAGGCAACACAGCCCAAGGUAGAGAUGACGGGAGAUGAUCCUGUGCUGAGCUGUGUUUGGUACGAAUGCUUGGGGAGGCAUGCAGGAGUUGGUACCGUGGCCAAUAGACAAUGUACUGGUGCCAGGAGGUGGUUAAAAAGUCUGGGUUUUUUUUCUGUGGACAAAUCACAAAGUGCUUUCACCCCUGCUCGCAUGCAGAGAGAGGCAAAGCUGGUUAACGUGCUAAAUAUUUUGACUGUUUUUCUCCCAUCGUUUUUAUAAACACAAGAGCUUGGCCUCAUAAACCAGAGUUUAGUUUCUGUUAAGGUUGAAAUAGCUACGAUGCAGAGGGUUUUGAGCCGUUGUUACAAACAGAUAGAGAAGCUUUGGGAAGACAGACAGAGGGGCCUUCUUUACAAAUAAGCACUUGGUCCAUGUGGCCAGUAGCAUUUUUCCAAUUGCCUUUGCAGCAAUAGAUUUUUCUGAAGUCCUAAUAGCCAGCAGUCCUUCAAACAAGGCUAUUGAGUAUUCUUACCAGGAAAGCCAGCCUUCCAUAAAGUCUAUGCAACAUCCAGCUUUAUUCCAGAAAUCCCGGUGAGCACUGCUCACGUCCCAGGGGAAAGACUGUGCAUCUUUUCACCUCGAGUGCAAUGGGGCAGUGUCGUAUGCCCAUUCUUAGUUCUCUAGCUCUUUUCCAUUUGCAGUGGGAGGUUUCCUGAAGGGAAGCUGAAUGUUGUGUGCCAAAGCGCUCUUCUGUUCUCGGUGGGUUUGUUCUGGGCUGUAGCUAGGAUUUAUCAGAAAGCAAAGUUAACUUCCGAUGCAAGCAGAAGGGAAGGUGGGAAAGGUGCAUGUGCCAUGCUUCUCCACCAGCCUGCAGGUUUGUGCUGAUCCACUAAAUGUUUGUUCAGAUUCCUUGAGUUCCUCAUGUGACAGGGAUGGAAGGUCGAAGCAGAGCUACAAUCAGUUUUCCAAUCUGCCUGUCUGAUCUUGUCCUUUUCUCCGUGAAGCCAGGACAGUGAGCAGGCUCACUGCCUUAGGACUGACUGAAAGGAAAAGGAGGCCAUUGCCUUGGUAAAUGACCAAUCAGUGUGUAGCAAUCUAAUAAACACAGGAUGUAUUCUUAUUUGAGCAAUGGAGGCAGUGCCCUGGCUGGUCUUUUGCUUUAGCUAGCAAGCCACGAGAGUGUAAUAGGAUUUGAUCACUUCUCAUCAAAAUUCCAAAACCUACACUGGUCCCUGCUUUGAGCAAUUGAAGUGUCAGUGUGGAAACCACACUGGAGUUAGAAAGGAAGGUGGGCAACGUUCUGAAAACCUUGGCUCAGCUCCUCCUCGAAAUAGUCUGGCUCUAAAUCAACAGAAUAAGAAGCUGCCAAGAGAAAAUCUUGGCACAAAGAUUCAGAAGAGGUCUUUCCUGUAAAGCUUAAAGCCUGUGGUCCAGAAAUGCAAAUGUCUUGCCCUUAGAGAAUGAAGAAAGUUGGGGCAGAUUUCUUUAAAAGCAAGCUUACAGCUAAUGGGAAAAUAUUCUGUAAUUAUAGAAAAAUGCCAGUCCUGUUUUCUAGUUCAGGAGCCUGAAUUACUGUAAGUACAGCAUAUAGAGCUCUAGGCAUGGUUAUUACAUCCACGCUUUGUAAUGGGGAACCUGAUUCCACUUGAUUCUGUAGAAUUAACUAUAUGUGAUGCCUCCUUCAACAGCUUAGGAUGCUUUGAGAUCAUACUUGAGGCAGGCCUAUAUAUACACACGUGUCCCAUGCACACUGGCGAAAGGCUCCCUUAGGGAGUAGAAGUAUACUAAAAGUCUGGUUCAAAGUCCAAUGAAGUCAAUGGAAAGACUCCCAUUGACUUCCGUGGGCUUUGGACCAGCUCCUAAACGUGCAUCCUAGGCCUGGUCGACACUGGGGGUGAGGGGAGAGAAUCCAACCUAAGAUACGCAACUUCAGCUACAAGAAUAGCAUAGCUGAAGUCGACGUAUCUUAGGUCGACUUACCUCGCAUCUUCACAGCGCGGGGUCGAUGGCUGCCGCUCCUCCAUCGACUCCGCUUCUGUCUCUUGCUGCAGAGGAGUACAGGAGUCGACAGCAGAGCGAUCGGGGAUCAAUUUUAUUGCGUCUACACUAGACGUGAUAAAUCGAUCCUCAAUAGAUCGAUCGCUACCUGCCAAAUCGGGGGGUAGUGUAGAUGUACCCCUAGAGAUUAAAGCCAUAAAGGACAUUCAGAUCAUCUAGUCUGACCUAUGGCAAUCAUUUCACCCCAAGCAUGUGAGCAAGAACCAGCCAGCCAAGCAGAUGAGAUAGGGAAAAUGCUCAGAACUGUCACAGAGCUCUGGCCCACGCUGUCCAGUGUCUCACCUCCAGCCAUGGCCAAUGCUUUAGAGGAAGGAGACCUAGAAUACAUUGCGGGGGGAUUCCUUCCUGACCCCCUGCAGGUGACCAGCUGUGUGUGGUGGUUUGAUGUUGAUGUCGCUGACAGCUCUCUAAGGGAGCACCCCAUUUCUCCCAAGAGAUGGUCUGAGCACAGCACUGGCAGCCAGCAGCUCCUGUUCAAAUUCCUGUUCUCCCACCAGCUUCCUCUCUGGCCUUGGGCAAGUUGUGUAACCUCUCUGCCUGUUCUCCCAUCCUUGAAAUGAAGGUAAGCCUACUGCCUGUCCUAUCUCACAGGGGUGCUGUGGGGAUUAGUUGUAAUGUUUGUGAAGCGCUAUAUAAAGGCUAAGUAUUAUGAUUCUCAGCCACCACAGCUCAUUUUCAAUUGUAGCGAAAAGGUGCUUUAGUUGCUUUUAUUUUAGUGGUCCUUCCCCAAGAACUGUGCAGUAGUUUGGAGAGUAACAUGUCUGAGUGUAUUAUACUUGGGCAGUAUUUCAGCAGGACGAGCAAUAUCCUUUAAUUCAGAAUCGUGUGAGACGUUAGCCUACUGUGAAGUCAGAGAUGGAGAGUAUCUAGGUCCUCUUGUAAGACACACUUUUAAUGGUGAUUGUCUUUAGAACAUUGAAUAGCUGCCUAACGCACAAUACUUGCCCAAAGGCUAACAUCUCCUGUACGCUGAAUUCAGGAUGCGUAUCGCCUGUUCUCAUGAAGUCUCACUGGGGAGAGGGCAGCCAAGCUAAUUCCAAGUGUAUAUUUUCUAAGAAUUAUUUGGGUUUUCCUGACCACCUGUCUCAGAGGUAGUAGCUGAAAUAUAUAUACAGUGUUCUCCUAAAAGAGGAGUCCAAUUGGAAGCUUAGCACCUGUUCCAAAGUCUAUUGAAGGCAGUAGAAAGACUCUUGACGACUCCAGUGGACUUCGGUUCAGACUGCUAAUGAUCCCUGCAGCACUGUACAGCAAGUGGUUUAGGAUCACCUUCCUCUUCAGGAAUAAAAGUGCCAUCAUUGGAGGCCACAGGUCACACCACACCUUGCUCCCCCAUAGGCUGAGCAGCUAGGACCUCGAGUCCUCGUUAAAGGUGAUGGGGUAAGUGCCAUCAGUCCCUAUAGUGUCUUCUCUUCGUUUGGGCAACCCCCCACCCUGCUCCGAACUGGUUCAUUUGCUGCCUUUUGGACUAAAUCCAAAAUGUGAGGAGAAGGCAAAGCCAUUUGUGUAGUCUAGGACUGAGUGUGUUUCUGAGGGGGAGCGAGGAGCUGCUGCUACAGCAAUGAGACUCUUGCCUUUUUCCUUCAUCAGUGUCUUUGCACAAAGGUUUUACUGGCCUAAACCGCCAGAGCCAGCUGCUGUGGGUGGGUCUCAUUGGAGCAAUGCCUUGUUGAUAGACAGGCAUAUUACUUUUUUUGUUUGUGAAAUUAACUUUACAUACAAAUCAACUUAAAUCUUUCAAUUUCAAUCUAUUGUUGCAAAUGACGAUUUAAGCCUGUCAGGGUCAAGCAUUCCCCACCAUCAUGGUGGGGGCUUAUUGUACUAACAAGUAACCCCUCCAACUCCUGUCAGUUCUGUUCAGGUUCUUAUACUGCCCCCAUCAUUGUGGUAUCUGGGCUUGAUAAGGAGCUGUGUGGUAGCAGAGAUGGGAACGAUCAUGCCCAGCUUCACAUGUGUGGGGGGAAUAGAGACAAGGGCUCCAACAGACAAGGAGGACUCAUGCGGGGGGGGGGGGGGGAACAAAUUCCAAGAUACUUCUACAAAUAAUGCAGGGCUCCUAGGAUGCCCCCAGUCAGAUGGCAAAGCCAGUGUUAUUUCAUGCUAACUCAGGAAAAGCACUUCCUCCCCCAAGGUAACUUUUACUUAGCCAAACUAUAUUUAGUUUUAAAACAAUGGGUUUUUUUUUUUGGUGGUUAGGCUGUUUUUGUUUUGUUUUGUUGGUGAACUAGCACUUUGAGCAGAGGCAGUGCAGCCUUGUGGCAGGAAUGCAGCACCACCUGUUGUUGAAACUGUAACCUUUCCAUUUCAGUGGACUAGACUGGUGUCGCUUUGGUGCACUUUGAGAGAUCUGCUACCAUUGGCUUUUAUUUUCAAUUGCUACUUUUGUUUACAACAUGAAGAUCUUCCUUUGUGAUUCUUUCUAAUGUACUGUUAUUACCUUAAACCAUUGUGAUGUAUGUGCUUUUUUUUGGUAAGGGAGUUUGAAAAGCAAAAUGCUCCUUCCUUUUUAUGCUGAUCCAAACAGACUGUACAUAGUGUUCAAUGCUGUGUUUUACAUGGUUGUAAUAAUGACAGUUUAAGAAGUUUAGCAUAAA